AUGCAAUUGCGAUUAUUACAAUUGUUUGUGAUAUUGGGAUCUCUUUUUGCCAUAUCAAUGGCGGGAUUAUCCGACAACCAAAUACUUGAAUUGUCAAAGUCUCUGAAGAAUCAUAUUAUAGAUAUUACUGAUGAUAAUUAUGAAAAAAUAUUAUAUGGUAAAAGAGAUUAUCAUCUUAUUCUUGUAAUGACAUCAGAUUCUGUUCAAAUCAAUUGUCUUUUAUGUCGAGAAUUUAAACCUGAUUAUGAUAUAAUUGUUAAUUCAUGGUUUCAAGAUCAUCCAAAUGGUUUACCUGAACAUGAAUUAAAUGAAGUAUAUGAAAAAUCAAAGAUUACUAAAAAGAAUAUUUAUUUUGCCCGGGCUGAAUUUGCUAAUGCUCGUAAAUUAUUCCAAAUCUUUGAAUUACAAUCAAUUCCAAAAUUAUAUCAUUUCCCUCCAACUAAUAUGCCAGGAAGACAUGAUUUAUUAUCAGAUCUGAAUGAAUAUCCAUUUUUCCAUGGUGAUCAAAAAGUUCUUGUAACUGAUUUCUUAAAUUCCAAAACUGGUCAUAAAUAUAAUCUUUAUAUUCCAGUUAAUUAUAGUGCUGUUAUAUUUAAUAUUGUUAUUACUUUACUGAUUUUAGUAAUACUUUAUGUAUUUAGAGGUCUUGUAUUAAAAUUCGUUUCAAAUAAAUAUGCAUGGUUAAUUGUAUCAGGUGGGCUUACUUUAGUUUUCAUAUCUGGUUAUAUGUUUAAUCAAAUUAGACAAACUCCAUAUAUUAGACAAGGUGAAGGUGCACUUCAAUAUUUUGUACCAGGACAACAAAAUCAAUUAGGAAUUGAAACUCAAAUAGUUGGAUUUGUUUACCUUUUCUUAAGUGUCUUAUUCGUUUUAUUAACCGUUCACAGUCCAACAUAUAAGAAUGCUUUAGUUAAUUUGAUUGCUGUAUCAAUAUUUAGUAUCUUAAUCUUUGUAUUCUACAGUCUUCUUCUUUCCAUUUUCUCAUUAAAAGGGUUAGGUUAUCCAUAUAGUUUCAUUAGAUUCUUUUAA